AGUUUGCAUACUACAAAAGAGAAAGUGCCAAUGACAGUGAGCGUAACAUUUCUGAGUCCAAAACUUACCUGUUAGAUUUGACAUUAAUAAGCAAAUCAACUCACUUGUUAUGGGAAAGAACCACAGGGGUACACACACACACAUGAAGACACUAAAAGAGUGAUUGCUUAAACAUUUUUUUCCUCAAGAAUCAAAACUAAACAGAGUUUUUCUCAUCUUCCAGAUGAUAACAAGAAGCUGUCUGAAUGGCCAGACCCAGGGGGUGGUGAUCAAUUACACAAAGUCCAUUUGGAAGCUGGUAAGUAGCAAAGUACCUCAGGGAGUCCAAUUCUGUUUAAUAUUUUCACUAAUUAUGUGAAUGAUAGAACAGAGUGCACCCUCAGCAUGCUUGUAGAUGACACAAAACUGGGAUAAGAGGCAGAUUAACCAUAGGGCUGGAUAAGGAAGCUCUCCAAAGGAACCUCAUGAAACUCAACAAGCAUUCAGUCCUGCAUCUGGGGAGGAACAACUCCAGGCACCAGUACAUGCUGGAGGCCACCUAGCUGGAAAGCAGCUUGGCAAAAAAAACCCAAAACUUUAGGGUUCUGGUGGACACCACGUUGAAUGUGAGUCAGCAGCAUGCCCUGACCACAAAAGGCUAAUAGUAUCCUGAGUUGCAUCGGGUAAACUAUAAGCAGCAGGCUGGAGGAUGUGAUCCUUCCCUUCUACUCAGUCCUGGUGAGGCCACGCUUGGAGCACUGUGUCCAGCUCUACAGUAAAAUAGAUAUGGAUGUCCUAGAAUGAGUCCAACAAAGGCACAUGAAGCUGCUGACACCUAUGGAUGUCUUGCCUGUGCUUUCCUGCACUCUCAUUUCAGGACAUACCUCGCAACAGUUCUCACAGAUGCCUGUUUGCAAAUGAAAUUUACACAUUUGUAACUUUCAUUUGCAAAUAAAUGUAUAAAUGUAGGUGUAUGGGAAAUUGGUAAUCACAGCCUCAACCUCCUUUUGAUGAGGGGGAUGGUCAAAGCAGCCAAUGGGCAGAAUUGCGAGCCGUGUGGAUGGUUAUAACUAAAGAACCUGGUGACGGCGUCCUGAACAUCUGUACAGAUAGUUGGGCUGUGUACCGGGGGCUCACUCUGUGGAUUACGCAAUGGGCUACCCAGGAAUGGACUAUCCACGCCCGACCGAUUUGGGGUAAAGACAUGUGGGUAGACAUUUGGAAUACGGUCAAACACAGGACAGUAUGUGUCUACCAUGUCUCUGGUCAUCAACCCUUGCAGUCACCAGGAAAUGAUGAAGCUGACACACUGGCCCGAAUCCGAUGGAUUGAGAAUUCACAAUCUGAAAAUAUUGCCCGUUGGUUACAUCAGAAGCUACGGCAUGCUGGACAGAAGAUAAUGUGGGCAGCUGCUAAAGCAUGGGGGCUGCCUGUACAACUAUCUGAUAUCGUUCAAGCAUGUCAGGAUUGCGAUGCUUGCUCAAAGAUGAGACCGAGACCGUUGCCUGAAACAACAUCCCACAUUGCUAGAGGAUAUAGUCCUCUUCAGAGAUGGCAGGUCGACUACAUUGGGCCCCUCCCUCGGUCUGAGGGGGCGAGAUAUGCCCUGACCUGCGUUGACACUGUAAGUGGACUGCUGCAAGCCUAUCCUGUACCAAAGGCAAAUCAAGCAUACACAAUUAAGGCACUUACUAUAUGUAAGACAAACUGA